AUGACCAGAUCACACAAGUGCCGAGUAGAAGCCCAGAAGCCAUCGGAGCCACCCGUUUGUGCGAUGGCUUUGGCAUACUGGCAGCUAGUGCUGGGCACCAUCCACCAGCAGCCGUUUCUCGUCAUCUGCGUUGUUGCCUUGACUUGGCUGCAGUGGGAGACCAUCCCCAGCUUCCCGGUCAACCUUCUGCAGCAUGUGCAGCGCAAAGGCAAGGAGAAGGCUGAGGACAGCCGUGAGACCGCUCUUAGCGCCCGUGUGGACGAGAAGCUCGCCAACGUUCAGGCUCAUGUCUGGAGGACGGCUUCGCGCAUCCUGGUGCACCUGAAUCUCGUUACGUUUCUCGUUGGCAUGGUAGACUACCAGCUCGAUCCCGGUUUCACGCGUUUGUGGUGGCUGCUGGUCUUGGCCAUCGUUCACAUCCUCUACUUGCUUGGAGCCAUAGAAACACUAGAGCAGACGCGCGAGCGCAUUCAUUUCGUGUGCACGGUCAUCAAUGGCAUGGGUGUGGCAACUGCUUUGGCCAGCGCGUGGGAGAGCAAGGAGGAUUACCUAGGACGCACCAACAUCUCCAUGACAGGUCAAAUCCUCUUCGCUCUCAUCUUCCCAGCGGAGAAAAGGAUCAUCGCGCAGUUUGGAGUGCUGUACAUGGUGGCAUACUGCUACGCUGGGAUUAGUACCUGUGGCCCUGAGUCGGUCACUGGAUGGUUCGUGGUGCAGCAGCUUCUACAGCUUGUGGUUGUGAUGUUAGUGCCCACUGUGAUACAGAGCAUUGUGCGAGAUCAAAUCAAAGCAUCCCUGGAAUCACAAGACGCUGACUCGCUCGUGUCAGCUUUCCGCCAUCUACUCAAAGGGGUCUCAGAUGGGGACUUGCUUUUAGACAGCAACUUCAACAUUUGCGGGAAUGCAAGCUGCUUACAGCGACUUCUGGGAACGCAUGAAGACUUCAACGGGCGCAACUUUCUGGAUCUGAUCACUGAGCCGGGGUCCGUGCCGUUUUCCAAAUUCCUCGUCGCCGAAGGUGGAGGAUCCUCGGCAAGUGCAACCCCGGGUUCCAAGUGCCCCAACAUGCCGCAAGGUGUACGUGUGCACCUACAAGGUUCAGGUUGUGAAGUGCCCGUGGAUGUCUUUCAUGUUGUGCUCCCCGAGCUCUAUGGCACCAGCGCCACGCACCACCUGCUAGCCAUAAUGGAGCAUUCUGAGCCGUGUGUCCGGUCCGUCCGGUCCGAGCCCAGGCAAGGCGCGGCCCCAGCUAGUCUGCCAGAGGGGAAAGAAGGGAAAGAAGACGUAUUCACAGAGUCCCAUGAGAGAGGAAGCGAGGACAUGGAUGCGAGCCACAUGGUACAACAGUUCGCAGAGCAGCUCGCGCAACAGUUCAACGUGCUUUCAGACCUCACAUUGCUCGUGAACGCCAACACCGAGCUGAUUGACAUAGAGGAGGCUGUGAUGCACUUUGCGCACAACGAUGCGGUCGAGAUGACAAGUUUGAAUGGGUUGGUUCCCCCGCGGGAGUGGCAUGGAAUCAAGUCCAAGCUGCAUCAGUUUGCUCGUGCCACUCGUUCCCGCCGCCCCAAGCCUUCCAGUUUGCCAUCCAUGGUGCUGCGGUUUCCGGGGCAGGAGGAGGACACUUACCUGCGAGCAAGGCGUGUGUCCAUCGAACCCGUCUACUCUGCCACAUUCCAUGAAGCUGAGCCCACUCUUGUGUACUUGCGCCUGAGCAAAUUCAGCAUCUGGCGCCAAACUGCGGCAGAGGCGGAGAUGCGAAGGCAACUUAGAAGCGGUGAGAUGCAGGAUGACGUCCUGCGAACGCCGUGCGCGAGUCUGUGA